AUGUUGGGGAUACGGCUUCCUAGGCCGCUCUUCGGAGUGCGCACCUUAUAUAGAAGACAACCACGAAAUCGACGGAACUUUGCGACUGUGAAAGAUGGCGCCCGUCCAUUUGAUGUGGUUGUUAUUGGAGGCGGGCAUGCUGGCUCCGAAGCUUGUGCGGCGGCUGCUCGAUCGGGCGCUCGGACUGCCCUCGUCACACCAUCCCGUUCCAAUAUCGGCGUGUGCUCCUGCAAUCCGAGUUUUGGUGGCAUUGGGAAGGGUACGGUGAUUCGCGAGAUUGACGCGCUAGACGGAGUAGCCGGCAAGAUAGUGGACAAGGCAGGAAUUCAAUUUCGAGUGUUGAAUAGGUCGAAAGGCCCUGCUGUCUGGGGUCCCAGGGCGCAGAUUGACCGCGAUCUGUACAAAAAGUAUAUGCUCGAGGAGUUAUCGAAUUAUCCCGGACUAAGCAUUGUGGAGGGAAAAGUGGCUGAUAUAGUUGUGUCCCGAGAAGAUCUGAGAAGUACUCCUGGCGUGAAGGGCAAGAUUGUUGGCGUAAGACUGGAGUCAGGGGAAGUAAUACCAACUGGGCGUGUGGUAAUUACGACGGGAACUUUCUUAGGAGGGGAGAUUCAUAUUGGCCUAGAAGUUUUCCCGUCUGGUCGAAUGGGAGAGGCAGCGACUUUUGGUUUAAGCAAAUCGCUUCGUGAAGCUGGCUUCCAGCUCGGACGCUUGAAAACUGGGACGCCGCCCCGCCUUGAUCGCAAGACUAUUGAAUUUUCUGCCCUCGAAGUCCAGCCUGGAGAUUCUCCACCCAGCCCUUUCUCCUAUCUUAACGAUACUGUGGACGUGGGCGAUGAAGGCCAGGUGACCUGCUGGUCAACGUACACCAACGAGAAUGCCCAUGCGAUUGUAAAGGCGAAUCUGGAUAAAUCGGUCCAUAUUCGAGAGACGGUAAAAGGCCCUCGAUACUGUCCUUCUCUAGAAUCCAAGAUUCUCCGGUUCAAAGAUAAACCCAGACAUAUGAUUUGGCUUGAGCCCGAAGGAUUUGCACCCAACGAUGUGAUCUACCCUAACGGUAUCUCGAUGACGAUUCCAGCCGAUGCGCAGUACGAGAUGCUUCGCACUAUACAAGGUCUGGAAAACGUUAAAAUGCUCCAGCCUGGGUAUGGAGUUGAAUACGACUACGUCGAUCCCCGCUCUUUGAAACCAACGCUUGAAACCAAACUUAUAAGUGGUCUUUAUCUCGCUGGCCAAAUUAAUGGCACGACAGGCUAUGAGGAGGCGGCCGGCCAAGGCAUUCUUGCUGGUAUUAAUGCUGGCCUGGCCUCCCAAUCAAAACCUCCGAUGACUCUCUCUCGUUCUGACGGAUUUAUUGGAAUCAUGGUUGAUGAUCUUAUCACGAAGGGUGUCACUGAGCCUUACCGCAUGUUCACAACACGUAGCGAAUACCGUAUUUCUACCCGCGCAGAUAACGCAGACCUUCGACUGACCGAAAUGGGCCGUGCAGCAGGAGUAGUCACCGACAAGCGCUGGAACCAUUUCAGUGACACCAAAUACCAGCUGCUUGAACUGCAAACACUUCUUGAAAAUACCAAAUAUCCUUCCACGGUAUGGUCGCGAAAGGGAUUCCGGGUCCAUACUGACUCGAGCCUCCGCUCCGCAUUCGAACUCCUCUGCGUUAAUAACGCAGAUAUUGACGCUAUCAUCCCCCAUAUCACCUCGCCAAGCGGCAUUUCAUACACCCCCGGCUCGUUUGACGCUAAAAUCAAGGCUCGCGUCACUAUAGAAGGAACCUAUUCACCUUAUAUCAAACGGCAGGCGAAUAGUGCUCGUAUAUUUGCUCGCGAUGAAGCCCUCCUUCUACCCCCGGAUUUAGACUAUUCAAAAAUCCACGGUCUGAGCACCGAGGAACGGCAUGCUCUGGAAAGAGUACGGCCCGAGAGCGUCGGUAUGGCACGGCGAAUUGAGGGUGUUACGCCUACCGGCGCCCUCAGGUUGCUAAUGCACAUGCGCAAAACCGGUGCCUGGGGAAGCAAAGGCGAUUUCGGACCAGCCGCUCUAGGUGAGGCCGAAGCCGAGUCCGGUGUGGCAUCUUCGUCCGGUUAAAAUAUUUCUUCUUCAGGCCCUUUCAGUACAGCGAUAUUGAAAGCGAUCGCAAUGAAGGUCCACUUUAUGUUCAACCUGUUUUAUGGAGGAAAUUCACGUUUGAUUUCCCCUAAUGUGCUGUUGUUUCCCAUUUCACCGCACAUAUUGGCGUGGGCAAAAUGAUUCAUAUUUCCUUUUGGCCCUCUUUUUAACAGAUCUUCUUAUACCCAAUUUACUGCAUAAUUGUUCUACCACGGAGCGAGUAUGGGUCGGGAAUAACAUGUCUUAGCUGGAGUUUGGGAGGCCAGGUCAUGCAUUCCUUGGUAAGAAUUAGACACAUGUUUCCAUAAACAUUUAGGUACCGGUCA